UAUAAGAAAAAAUGCCUAUCUACACAUUAAUUUAAUUUAGGCGCUGUAUAACUUUGUAUAUUGCGACAAACAAAACUGAAACAUAAUUUUAUGAUGUUAACUGAAUUUAACUGCGCAAAGGAAUAUCCGAAAUAGAAGCGUAAUGACGUUUAUGGUGUUUUAUUUUGACAAACGUUACAUGAAUUGACCCGGAAGUAUUCCAGUGUUUUGAGUUUUGCAAUGUUGCUACUGCUGCUCGUCACAUGGCACUUUAUCUCAAAGUUUCUCGCUACAGCUGCAGAUAAUGAACUCUGGUUCAAAUCAGAAGACUUUGUUCCAGACAUGGGGAGCCGCCGUCUCUCAAAGCACAUUUGGCCAACCGAAAAAAGGCGCUAAAGGCGAUAAAGCCGCUGGGCGGCGGAGAAAAAUCCCAAGUACAGGCAGCACAGGUAAGGUGGCUCCAUCACAACCUCCACGUAACCCUCUAUGGAGUGAAACGGGACAUUCGUCAACAUUCACAGCAGAGACCCCAGUGAGGACAGAGGAGCCUGCACCUGCGUUUGAAUAUGAAGAUGAGGAUGAUGAUCUCAUGGUUGUUGCUGUGUACGAGGCUGAAAAGAGCCUGCAAUGUAAUAAUACAAACUUUAUUCAGCAUGACAACCCAGUAGGAGCAGAAAGCAGGGCCCUUUCUCCAGCACUAUCAGGUGCCAGGACAUAUCCUGACCUCCCUGGGUUUGACAGCUCCUCGGCUAAGGUAUGGAUCUACCCCACCAAUUACCCCAUCAGGGAGUACCAGCUGAAGAUGUCAGAGGCUGCUCUGUUCCACAACACACUGGUGUGUCUGCCCACUGGUCUGGGGAAAACCUUUAUAGCCUCCGUGGUCAUGUACAACUUCUACCGCUGGUAUCCGUCAGGGAAGAUUGUUUUCAUGGCUCCCACGAAACCCCUGGUGGCACAACAGAUCGAGGCCUGUUACAAAGUGAUGGGGAUCCCUCAGGCUCACAUGGCUGAGUUGACAGGUAGCACCGCAGCGAAGCAGAGACAGGAGAUAUGGCGGUCCAAGCGUGUCUUCUUCCUUACCCCUCAGGUCAUGGUGAAUGAUUUGUCCAGAGGCACCUGCCCGGCUCAGCAGGUCAAGUGUGUGGUGAUAGAUGAAGCCCAUAAAGCACUGGGCAACCACGCUUACUGUCAGGUGAUUAGACAACUUGGCAGCCAGACUCUGCAAUUCCGCAUCCUGGCUCUGAGUGCAACUCCAGGAGGGGAUGCAAAGGCGGUGCAGUCAGUGAUCUCUAAUUUACUCAUCUCCCACAUUGAGCUGCGUUCAGAGGAAAGCCCUGACAUCCAGGCCCACUCCCACCAGCGCAGCGUGGAGAAAAUGGUUGUUCCUCUGGGGGAGGCCCUUUCUGCUCACCAGGGGCGCUAUCUGCAGGUGCUGGAGAAAUUCAUGUCUCGUCUUGUCCAGAACCGGGUGAUGUCCCACAAAGACCUGAAGACUCUUACCAAAUACCAGCUCAUCCUGGCCAGGGACCAGUUUCGCAAAAACCCACCUCCGCAAAUCAAGGGAGCACAGUUGGGAAUGCUGGAGGGCGACUUUGCCCUCUGCAUCAGUCUGUACCAUGGCUAUGAGCUGCUGAUGCAGAUGGGGCUCCGAUCACUGUUUUUCUACAUCCAGGGAAUCAUGGACGGUUCCAGAGAAAUGUCCAGGGCGAGGAACGAGCUGCAGAGGACGCCCGUCUUCAUGGACCUCUACUGUGAGAUGGAAGCAAUGUUUGUAAAGCCAUCUGCUGGUCCAGAUGAGCCGUUCAUUUACAGUCACCCCAAACUGGAGAAACUGGAGGGGGUCGUACUGCAGCACUUCAGUCUGUGGGCCGAGAGCUCAGCAGACUGUAAUGAAAACACACGCGUGAUGAUAUUUUCAUCUUUCCGGGAAAGCGUUCAGGAGAUCGCAGACAUGUUGAACCGCCAUGCCCCGAUGAUCAAGGUCAUGACCUUCAUGGGCCAGGCCUCAGCUGGGAAGGGGGUCAAAGGGUUCACCCAAAAGGAACAGCUGGAGGUGGUGCACAGGUUCCGGCAGGGAGGCUUUAACACACUGGUGUCGACCUGUGUCGGGGAAGAGGGGUUGGACAUCGGAGAGGUGGACCUUAUUGUCUGCUUUGAUGCGCAGAAGAAUCCGAUUCGCCUUGUGCAGCGGAUGGGACGUACUGGACGUAAGCGCCAGGGACGAAUUGUUGUCAUCCUGGCUGAGGGACGCGAGGAGAGGACGUACAACCAGAGCCAGAGCAACAAGCGGAGUGUGUACAAGUCCAUCAUUGGCAACAGAACUGGGUUCCACAUGUACCCCAGCAGUCCUCGCAUGCUGCCGGAGGGAUUAAACCCCACCUUGCACAAGAUGCACAUUACGUGUGGCCAGUUUGACCAGCGGGAGAACAGAAGGUCGUCCGGUGGAGGUCGGCGGUCCCACUCUGAGGGACGCGUCUCACUCAUCCACCCUCAAAACCUGAUUCGGCAGGGCAGGGCAACGUCGGACGGCUUCCUGAGCAGCGCAGAAUAUUCCACGUGGGCGUCCACCCUGAGACUACAAGAGGAUGACGCUCAUCCGACCCUGAAGCAGUCGCACUUCAUGUCCAUACCCAGCGAAGCACCACCUCAGGAACUUAACAAAAGUGGACGGCCGUCCAGAGAGUUGUCUUUGUGGGAAUGGAGACACUGGCAGCACAAGGUGCUUCCCACUCACACUGUCGAUCAUUCACUCCGCUGCCAGCACUUCGUCAAGGUGAUGGAGCUCAUAGACGACAUGAGAGAGGAAGAUGAGGGGGAGUGCCGCUACGAACGGGAGCUUCGUCCUUAUCUCCGCCGAACCGACGUCGCCGGUCGUGCGAAGAGCGGCGAGAAGACGCAGAAGAGUGCCGCUAAAACAACCAGUAGCAAAACCAAACCGCCUCACUCGACGGCGUCUGCUCUGGGCCGUAUCGCGGAGGAAGCGGACAGGGAAAAGACGCAAAGGAGGAGUUUACUUUCGAUGAUGGCUGUGGCAAAACACACUUGUCCAUCUCCUUGGGAAACUCAAACGGCAUACGACUUUACAGAUUAUCCAGGGCCUGAGGCGUUUUGUCCUCCUUGUCCAAAAAAUGACUCUCCAGAAGCUGGCGGGAACGAUGACUGCGUCAUAAUUAACGAAGAUGUCAUGGAGUCAGAAAAUACAGUCGAGAGAGAGCCUCGUCAAUCUGUCAGUAUUUCACAGCUUGUUCCGAAAAUGGACGAAGACGAAGAUGUUGAAACACAGGCCAUGUUUUAUCUUCCUAAAUGGGAUUCAGUACCACCUCCUCCACCUCCCUCCUCUGCUGACCUCCUGCCAGGGAAAGGCGAGAGCCUGAAGAUCAUCCUGGCCAACGUAGCGGAGCUCCUGUCUCGCUCUCCACUCUCACCUCCUGCAGGUUUAGAGGCGGACGUGGCUGCUCCGUCACUUCCUCCCUCUCACCAGGAGAUCCAUUAUCCAUUCCAGGUCAGCUUUACCCUGGGUGUAGAUGAAGAUGACGAUGAAGAAAUGAUGGCUGAUGACGACGACGACGACGGUGCCUCGCCAAUGAGAGCCUCACGCCAGUCACCUGUGGGUGAAGAGCAAAGCGAAACCUGUCGUGAUUCGGUUCCCGACGUGGCCGCUGACAGUCCGAGCUGGGAUGAGGUUUUCGGGGAUGAGGAAGUAGAUGAUGAUCAUCACGUGAAGGAAGGCAGCGUGGAGGCAGAGAAGAGACAGAACGACGACGGACAAAUGAAGAAGGAGCAUUCAGCGGUCGCAGCCUCUCCGUGCGGCUCUCAAUCAAACGAGAGCAUGGAUCUGUUCGGCGAUGACGAAGCCUUCCUGCAGAUGACCAUCCCAGACGUCUCCACCCCUGGCAUCACACCCAGGAAGUCUGACGUUUCCCCUACCACAGAAAGUAUGUCACAUAACACCUCAAACGCGCAUAAACCGACAAACCCAUGUCGGGUGAUAGCCGAUGAUAACACUCUGAAACAUGAUACACACACAGCAGCACCGCCAUGUAAACCCAUGACAGACUUUUCCAUGACCGAUGAGAUCGGUGAUUGUAAGUCUCCCACGGUCCAACACAAAGCUGAGUCAUUUGAAAGUUCCCGCGAUCUCUUCCCUGUCAACUUUGACCUCGGUUAUUCACUCGAGGAGUCCUCCGAGGAUGAAGCAGACACAGAGUGUGUGGUGACUUCUCCACGGGCUGAAGGGCAGGCAGCUCCUCCAGUGUCUAACUCCUCCACUCCGUUCAACCGCAACACCAGAAUGCCUGAGUCGAAGUUGUCCACGCCGCACAUGUUUUCAGGGCAGAGACAUAAAGACACGUCCCCUCUAACUCUGAUGUCUGAAAGCGGAGCGCUCCCGUCUCCAAUCACAUCAGCGGGAGUGAGGAGGACGCUGCUGCCCGGGCCUCGCACGCCGUCGUUACUCUCCAGCUCGAAGCGGCGGCGACAGACGGGCUGCGAGGAAUCGGUGUGUGUGCCCAAUCCCCCUCCUCGCACAGUAGUGGAGUGCAACAGUGACAGUGAAGAUGACAUUGUGCUUCCUAAAAAGAGACAGAACAUGGUCAACCCGCUGUCAUCUCCUGACGUGUCCAAGAUCAGCGACGUCGACUCGCCGCUGUUUGUGAACAGGAAACGUGCGGCUCCACUCAACACCUCGGAUGAGACGGGAGGCGAGGCCGAUUCUGACGACGAUUUCCAGACCCGGCGUGUGUUCAAACGCAAAAAAAGCACGUCACAGGAAGCCGAGAAGAAACAAGCACCACAGGCCAAAGCCAAGAAAGGGCGUCAGUUCCUGCUCGAGGAGGCGGAGCUGUCGGAGGACACAGGCGGGGCAGAUGUGUCGUCCGACGAAGACGACGACGAGGAGCAGAACCAUUCUCUCGAUGGGUUCGUGAUCGACAACACACACUUCUCCCAGGGACUGAAUGACUCGGAGAUGCAUGGAGUUUACCUGAAGUCUGUGAGAAGCCCUGCGGUCGGUGGCAAGUUCAAAAUGUCUUACAGGAACCAUCGCAGCAACGUCUUUUCCCAGGUGCCUGAGAUGGAUGAAACGUAUGCAGAGGACAGCUUCGUCGUGGGCAGUGAGGUGGAAGAGGCUCAGAGCAGCGAGGAAGAGGCAGAAGACAUUGAACUCAUGCCCGAGGACUCGUAUGUGGACGGUAGGAGACAGUAUGCCACCAGGCGGCGUGUCUUUCUGCACAAGGUCAGAGCAGGAGCCGGGUCCAGUGCCGAGAUCAAUGCGAAAGCUCCAACAGAGCAGAGAGGGGAGGCAAAAAUGAAGGGUAGACGUGUUAUACGCAUCAACGACUCUAGUGAUGAAGAGAAAGAGAGAAGUGUUACAGCAGUGGGGGGUGAUGAGGAAGCACGGUCGGAGCCCAGCAGGCAGCAGACGGGCCCCUCCUCGUCCUCCUCGUCUUCAACCAUAGCAGCGAAGGUCUCGUUGUUGAGCAAAGCACAAAGGAGCUCAGAGGCUGAAGAACAGCAGAGAGAGAGGUGUCGCCAGAGGCUAGAAAAUCAACAUCUCCUCUCUGACCAGCUGGACUUUGUGUCCACAUCCUCCAAGAAUCGGCUCAAGGCCUCGGCUGCCUCUCCCUCAGAGCCUCAGGCCCAGAGGUCAGUCUGUGGGGACGCGUCGGCCGGCGAGUCCACCGCUCCGCCGGCGUCCGUGUGCAUUCUGGUGGACAGCCGCUGCCUCAGUGCCAGCGUCGAUUUGAUGACCAGCCUGCGGCAGCGCCACGCGGCCGCCGUCCACGUCUGCUCCCUGGACGGCAGCUACUUCAUCGUCAGCAACCGCACGGCGGUGGAGAGGCACAGCCAAUCGGAUCUGGCCGCGCAGCAGAACAGGAAGCGCUUGGUGGAAAGGGUGCGCGGCUUACAGCGACUGUUUGAGCGCGUCUGUCUGAUUGUGGAGAAGGACCGAACCAAGCCAGGCGAGGCGGCGCGUCCGUUCCAGCGAACGCGCUACUAUGACAACACAUUGGCCGCGCUGGUGCGGAGCGGCGUUCGCCUGCUGUGGAGCGACGGCACCGAGCAGAGCGCCGGCCUGCUGGCCGACCUGGCGCGCCUGGAGCAGCGUAAAGGUCAGGGCAUCAGUGUGCCGCUGGAGGUCAAAGGGCAGCACAGGGAGCAGGCGCUGCAGCUGUACCUGAGCCUCCCAUCAGUCAGCCACGUCCACGCGCUCAACAUGUGCCACAAUUUCAGCUCAAUCGCCCAACUCAUGAACAGCUCCAUUGAAGCCAUACAGAAAGGAGGAUGUAUGAGUCCGUCCAGAGCCGAGGAGGUUUACCGCUUCCUCCGCUACUCCUGCGACACCUUCCUCAUGAAAACCAGUUAGCGACCUGAGGGAUGUAGACUUCAGGAAUUAAAAUGAGCCAAUGAGAGGUGAAAGUCACUCUGCUUCUAUUUGACGUUUUAUCUUUAUGAUAAGAGAUCGUCAGGAUACUGGUUUGCUCUUUUUGCACAUGACAUAAAAGAGGAAAAUGAACAUAAGGCUAUUUAAAACUAUUUUUUUAUGGAACU